AUGGAGGGGUGCACCUGGAGCAAUGCUUUAAAAGGCAUGGGAGGCAUAUGCCCGGAGGCGUGCCUCCAGGUGAGGCACCCUCACAAUGCCCUCAGGCACAUGUUGGAGGUGUUGAUGCUUCUGAGGCGCCUGGAUUCUUUGGUUUUUGUCAUUCCAACAAUAUGUUUUUCUCUGUAUAUUCCUUCUUCCUUCUCUGUUUUGGUUAUGUUUGGCACCAAUUCUUUCCAACUGGACUAUGUUGCUCUUCAUGACAAGUACGUGGAGAGAGGAGCCAAUGUAUACUUAAGUGGGUUAAGAGAGAAGUAUUUUGGGGAAAUUUUCUUAAGUGCCUCUUUUUCUCUUGGAGGAGUGUUGUCAUCAGGAUUACUAAAUUCCUUUUCAAAAGUACCAAAACAUGAUCCCUACAGUUUAUUCAGAAAGAACAGGUCAUUUUUUGAUGAGAUACAAUAUGGAUUGAAUCCUGGCAAGAGAAUCACCGAUAAGUUUAGAAUGUCAAGAGGUGACCCUGAAGAAGGAUUAAAACAUAUUGCUAGAUAUGUAGAGUACUUUGAAUCUCCAUCAAAGGAAAUAUGGCUUGUAUUCAGAAAUGAAGGUGUAUCCUUGUCAAAGUUGAUAUAUACUACUGAAGAUUCAGAAAAUAUAGCUAAUGAGAGAAGGGGUGAACGAGUUAAAAAUAUACAGGUGCUUCAUCCAUCUACAUGGUGGCGUUGGCUGAGGACAACUGAAGCUGGAAAAGAGGAAAUGCGCAGUCUUAUAUGGCAGUUGUUGAUGGCACUUAAAUCCUGUCAUGAUCGAAAUAUCACCCACAGAGAUAUUAAACCAGGUGAGUACGCAUUCCUUGCACUAAAUCUGUUCAACCAUGCGAGACACAAUGGAAAAAAGCCAGUCUUUUUACUUGCCUUU